CGAAGCCGACUCUGACGUCAUUAUUAACGGCCGACUCGGAGGACCCGCGCGCCCUCUCCUUUAAGACGCGUCAUCCGGCCGUUAAUAGAAAACAUUCCGGCGGCCUCGAGCGCUGCGCUAAGAAAUCGGUUUCCUGUCGCCGGGAGGAAGGCGAAGAAAAAGAACAAGAAAAAAAAAAAACCCGACCGUGCUGCAUUUUAUUUUGUGUCGGCCAACCGAAAAAAAACCGGGAAGGAAGGCGCCAGGACGGGCCUCGCCGAAGAGAGACGGAAGCGAGAGGGGGAGGGGAGGGGGGUGUCCAAAGAAGGAAACCCCAUCCCUUUAAGAGCAAGCGGGACUACAGCGUUGCGAGAAAAGGAGAGGAGGGGGAGAAGAAAGAGGAAUUAAAAAAGAAAAGGAAGAAAGAGACAGGGAGGGAGGAGGGAGCGCGGGCGAUAAAAAAAGAAAGAUGACAUCCUCGCAGCUGAACGGCCGAGGUGGAGCGAUAGGCUGCGGCCCGGCGAGAGCGCCGCUCGCCGGGGUCAGGGCUUGAAUCCAACAACGAGGCUUCGACAAAACACCCGAUUGGCCUAUCGGGAGAAAUCGGAGCGAGAAAAAAAAUAGAUUUAUAAAUUAAAAACAAAGCAUGAGCUUCCGUGCCGCCAGAUACGUGUGUUUAUAACCCAUAUUGGUUCUUUUGCGUAAAAAUGCAUUUGUUUCCCGUAGACUGGUUGUGUGUUUUUAUGGCGAAAGUGUGAGACUGUAAAUGCGGUUUGUCUUUUUUUUUAUAGUGUUUUUAAAAAAAAACAGUUUUGUUGUGUGAUAAUGCGUCUUUUUUAGGAAGCUCAGUAUUCAGUGAACUUAAAAGUUUAACCAAAGUGAAAAGAGAAACAGGCCAUUAUUGGACCCCGGCCUGCUGCCCGAGCACCGCAGCCUGCGUUAGUCAUCAGCUGCGUGCAUUUUAAUCGACACCAUCCCCGGCUACUCCAAUGACAAAGAAACGAUUUUAUUUUGUUCACGCUUCUCCACACAAAAAAAUCCAGCAGCCCGUCGUUUCUGCAGCGGAACAGGCGACGCCGUUCGCGCCUCGAUCCCCGGUUGGGCCGAUCCAAACCAUGCAAAGGCUUCCCUCCCCGAUCCCAAUCAGGAGCUGACUAAUCUCCAUCACCGUGGCGCAAAAUGGACGCUUCUUGGAGCAAUUUUCUCUUCCAGAAUACUCCCACCCAAAACCAAGUGGACGGGGGCCUCCAAUCAGAGCUCAUGCCCGUGCAUGCGAGUUCUCCCCAAACCCCACCCACAGAGCACAUAGCACAGCCUCCUUCCACUGUGGACACUGCUGCCCUCAGUGAGGAUCCCCUGCCCGUGAAGCCAGUGUCUCGGCCGGCCCGCGCGGCCCACAUCUGUGCCAUCUGCAACAAGCAGUUCAAGAACAACUAUAACCUGCGGCGGCACCAGUCGGUCCACACUGGGGUACGCAUGAAGGACAGGGCAAGAGAGCGGGCGGAGGGGGCGAAGGAGGGAGCGGCAGGCCAGGUGGCGGCGGCGGCGGCCCCGCCGGUGAUGGCGGUGGGGGCUGGAGGGAGGCUGGAGAGGCCCGCUGUUCCCCUCUCCCUGCUGCACCUCUCCGCGCCUCCCCCUCUCGCCCCUCCUGUCGUGCUGGCGGGGGCCCAGCAGCCUCACCUGGGUAGUCGGGAUGGUGACGGGGUUGCCAUGGCUAACGUAAUGGCUAGUGUUAACCCCCAUGCUCCGCCUCCUGCUGCUGUCGUCAUGGCCACAGGGGCGACAGUACAGCGGCCCGCCAACCCAAACCCCAACCCGGUGAGGAAGAACCACGCCUGCGAGACGUGCGGGAAGGCGUUCCGCGACGUCUACCACCUCAACCGCCACCGCCUGUCCCACUCGGACGAGAAGCCGUUCUCGUGCCCCAUCUGCCAGCAGCGCUUCAAGAGGAAGGACCGCAUGAGCCACCACGUGCGCUCCCACCAGGGGGGGGUGGAGAAGCCCUACGUCUGCCCCCACUGUGGCAAGGCUUUCUCCAGGCCUGACCAUCUAAACAGUCACGUCAGACAGGUACACUCCUCGGAGCGACCCUUCAAAUGCCCGACGUGCGAGUCCAGCUUUGCCACCAAGGAUCGUUUGCGUGCGCAUAUGAUUCGCCACGAGGAGAAGGUCCCGUGCCACAUCUGUGGCAAGCUCCUGUCCGCCGCUUACAUCACGGAUCACAUGAGGGUGCACAACCAGUCACAGCACCACGCUUGCCAUCUCUGUAACCGCAGCUUCACCACGCUGACGUACCUCCGCGUCCACGCCCAGAAGCACCACGGGCAGGAGUGGAAGGACAGUCCCGGGGGCUUCGGCACGACCUCCGGCGGUAUACUCGUCUGCCACCUGUGCGGCGUCCACUGCAAGACCCCCACCCAGCUCCAGGGGCACAUGGGCACCCACAGCAACAGCCAGGGUGCCCCGAGCCCCAUCACCUCCAACGUGGCAGCCAGCAGCUCCGUCUCCCUCAGCAAUAUGGUGACGGCGCCCACCGUGUACGUCACUGGAAACACUGUGGUGGACCUGCUCGUCACGGACUGCUCGAGCAUCGCAGCGCCACAAUCUCACAGUUAGCAGUAGAGAGCUUAGCAAUAAAUAAAAGCAACCUCUGUCCCUUAAGCAGAGGGCGAGGUUAAGGUUGUGAGUAGAUGCUGAUCCGGUUUCAGUUUUGUAACGUCCCCACUUAUAGGUAUGGUUAGGAUUUAAAAGGGGGCGGAACUCUAGUCGAGGGCAGAAUCGCCGCUGAGCUGCAGAGGGGGAGCAUCAGAAGAAAAAGAAGCUGUAUCGAUAGAGCAGCGAAGUCGCUUAUUGACACUAGCGACAGACAUGGAUGUGUUGUCCAGAUGUUCCUGAAUGCUCCCGUGCGUUCAAGACUCCAGUGAAACUGUGGUAUUGUGAGCAUCUACUGUAUUACCCCCCCACCCCACCCCCCCCCUCUCGACCCUGGCAUCGGCUGCUCUCUGCAAGUGCACCAAGUACUGUAUAUCUCACACCAGCUCUGAUCUUAACUCCAUUUUGCAGCUCAAUUUCUAAGAAUCCAAAUGGCUUGCGUAAAGAGGAAGUCGGGACAGAAUAGCUCUUGGAGGGGGGGGGGGAAAUGUCAAGAAGAAACUAGUAGAAGGGAGUUGUGUGUUUUGGGGUGUAGACGGCUGAUUAUGGAUCAGGAUGGUAGGCCAUACGUGCUCUGGUCAGUAUGGAAAUGUGGGAUGUACUUAGUUUGUUUUCUAAGGGAACAGAGAUGAGAAUACCGUAAUGUUCAGGAGUGUCGAGCACCUUAAGUCGUUAUUGCUUGAUUCAGCAAGGAUCAAAAUGGGGUUGAGAUUUCUUGAAUUUUCUUGCUCCGAGUCUUCCUCGAUUGUCUGGCCAUUUAAAAAAAAAAAAAAAAGAAAAGAAAAAAAAACAACAACUACAUGACUGCUAAUCAACACUUUGGCUUCUAACACGGCGAUUCUUGCACUCAAACUACCUUUUGCAUGAAAUUAAGCUCAGUCAUGCUUAUCGUUGGGUAACUGUCGUGACAAAAGAAACCUUUCGCAGUUCCACCAAGUCAUUUGGCUGUAAACAAUAUUUAUGAAAGUGUUUGCUUUUAUUUCCGAAUAUUUUAACAUCGUCGGCCAUUCAUUUGAUUGUAACUGUCAUUGCCAUAGUCUUUUUGUUUUCUCUAUGUACCAGUCCCAAUGAGUAAAAAAACGUAUGCAUUAGAUCUAGUCAUUUAACUCUGUAUAGCACAUAAUGCUCUAAAGCGCAGUUCAUUGUCAAUCUACAUUAAUCAAAUGAAGACUGGUCACCUGUCCGUUGGAUAUCUUUGGUUGCGUUGACUUCUAUUGUGCGUGAUGUGGUGUUGAGAGGGCUUGUAAAGUACAAUGAGAGUUUGACAACACCACACGGUAUGCUGUAAAACAAAUCCUGGUUUUGUACUGGAGUGCUUCUUCCGUUUUGUGUUAAUGUUAGCUUAAAAUUUGUAGCGUUGUUUCUUUUUUCUUCUCCUUUGGAAAUGUGUUCUUCCUGUUGAGGAAAUUUAGUGAUUUAUUAAAAACAUUAAUUUUAGGUUUUCUCCAUCACACUAAGAAAAAAAUAUUACCUCUAUUCUAGGAUUCUGUACAGCUCUUGUGAUACAUCUUAAUGCCUUAUCGUACUCAACUGCAUUUUAAUUCUUUUACGAUGAAAUAUUUCAAAUCUUAGUCAUGGAUUCAUUAAGAAUAUUAAUGGGAUGUAUUUAUAUUUAUAUUUUUAUAUUUCUCAACAGUAUGCAUGUCUAAAAGGUUGUUAGAGCAAAACAAAUUUGAUGCUUAAUACAGUCAUAAAUGUUAUUUUGUAGAUUCGGUAGAGAUCAUGUUAUUAUUUUGUAAUUUGGACAAUUUAAAGUAAAACGAGUAAAUGGA